AUGAAGCUGUUCAAUUCACUAUCACUUCUAACGAAACGAUCGGAGCACAUGACAGAGUUUGAAAAGAAUUUCAACGAACGUGUGAUUGGAAUUCUCGAGGAAACGCGAGCAACAAACCUCCAAGAAUUUCGGAAAAAUGCUCAACGAUUUAUUGACGAGUUGAGGCUUCAUUCGUUCAGUGAUGAAAACGGAUACAAAUUUAUUACAAUAAUGAAGCUUUCGCACAUUCUUCGCAAAUCUCCUCCCGAUGUUGUUGAAAUGCUGCCGUUAAGUAUGGUGAUGGCCUUGAUUAAAAUGACAGCUUAUAACGGAGCAAUCGAUAUUCUAUUGAUUGAUGAAUUGGUGAAGACGUAUGUUCACUGCGAGACGAUUUACAUCAAAUUAUUGCCAUACGCGGAAAACAAUAAAGAGAUUUCGAGCUAUGAAUUGCAACAAUUCAUAACAGCGUGUUACGUGCCUCUGAUGAAAAAUAAGCCGGAAAAUGUGGAAUAUUAUGCAGCAUAUAUUGUCGGAAUCAUAUUUUUCAUUGUUGAUUCGCGGAGAAAAGAAUUUGCGCUUAUUCAAGAUAUUCUCACUUCGACAUUACUUUUUCAUUUAGAAACCUGCAUCCAAUUCGAUAAUGGAGUUCUUCAAAUCGAACCACAUAUUAACUUUUUUUCCAUCAAAUGCUUCCAAAGUGCUCUUCACGAGUUUCGUUCUUUAGAUGUCGAUCGGAAUGGGGUGUUAUCGCAAUCUGAAAUGCUCGUUUUCAGAUACUCGUUUUUCAAUCAGGUGUUCAUUAAGAGAGUCUUCGAAAUUUCGCAAACCUACGAAGGUGGAUUUCUCGAUUUCAAAGGAUUCGUCGAUUUGAUCACAGCAAUUCAUUUCAGACAUACAAAAGCCUCCGCAAAAUAUCAUUUCGAAGCAUUUGAUUUGAAAAAUGACGGUUAUUUGGAUGAGGAGGAAAUUCGAGAAUUGUGUUUGGUUCUUCACGAAUGCAUUCCAGCCGAAGAAGCGGUUCCAGAUGCUGAUGUUUUAACCGUCGAACUCAUGGAUAUGAUUAAGUGCAAAGAUCGAAUAAGUCUUGACGAAUUUCUGGCAAGCAAAAUGCGGACGACGUUCACGGGCUUCAUCUCGAAUUAUCAAGAUUGGUACAAAUACGAGAGAAGGGAACAAUAA